AACAUGAUCAUGUAGAGGUUUCGUCACCUAAAUCAUUGAAAAUCUCCCCGUUUUCUAAUACUGGAAGCGGCUGGGGAUAUAAUCAAAAUAAUAAUUUUGUUAGUGAUUUAGUUAAAAUUGUUACCGAAAAGGACAAUCCGUUCGAUGGAGUAAAUUCAAAAUGGAAUUAUGGCUUUGAUAAUAAAUCUCAACAGCCAUAUCUUUACCAACAACAACAGAAUUCUCCUACACGAUAUUAUUAUGUUCCUUAUGAAAAUCUUCAAUCAUUAAAAUCUAAACUUGAUUACGUGCAGGCUAAUGCACUAGGAAUUGCAAUUUUCGAUAUAAAUAAAGAUACAGACGAUGGAAAAUUAAUGAAUUUCAUAAUAGAUGGUACUAAUCCACCUAACUCAUCUUCGAAACCAACUCAGCCUACAUCCACAUCCACAUCAUUUACAUCUCAAUCAUCUCCAGGUGCAAUAGUGGGUGGUAUAAUAGGCUCCUUAGUUUUUGUUAGCGUAAUAGUAGCAGCUGGCUUCAUAUUAUAUCGAAGAUACGGAGCGAAAACGUCUAAUCUACUCAUAGAUACGAAUAAUCAGACUUGCUCUGAUACAAAUCCUCAGAUUUACUCUGAUAUAAAUCGUCAGGUUCGUCCGGACACAAAUAACCAACUUCCUCUAUAA